UCAUUAUGCUGCCGCUGCGCCAUCAUCAGCCAGCCGCUUGGAGCAGUGAAUAAUAUCCUGCUGAAAACGCUAUUUACUCGCCGAUCCCUGGUCGUCUGUUAUUCUUUACACCAUCACGGAAAUCUUUGUGAUUGGGUUGUGUACCAUGGAAAACAUAAAAACAGGACUUUAGGCUAUCAUCUGGGAUUCUCUUUUGAACACAAAGCAAUGUGGAGGAAAUAAGAAUCGUGCUGUGCUCUAAAUACAGAUCAUAGAGGAUGGGCUGUGUGCAAUGUAAGGACAAAGAGGCUGCUAAGUUAACAGAGGACCGGGACACCAGCUUGUCUCAGAGAGGAGUAGGUUAUCAACAUGGCGUCGAACCCACGCCGCAGCAUUACCCCAGCUUCAGUGGGGUCACUGGGGUCACCGCCAUUCCCAACUACAACAACUUCCAUGCCACUGGACUCACGCAGGGCAUGACAGUCUUCGGAGGGGUCAACACAUCAACACAACAAGGAACGCUCCGCACGCGAGGAGGCACAGGUGUGACUUUAUUCGUUGCUCUCUAUGAUUAUGAGGCUCGUACUGAAGAUGAUCUCAGUUUCAGGAAAGGAGAGAAGUUUCAAAUCAUCAACAGCGCUGAGGGUGAUUGGUGGGACGCCCGCUCUCUCACUACAGGAGGAACCGGCUACAUUCCAAGCAAUUACGUCGCCCCUGUGGACUCAAUCCAGGCUGAGGACUGGUAUUUUGGAAAGUUGGGGCGCAAGGAUGCAGAGAGGCAGCUUCUUUCAACAGGGAACCCGCGUGGAACUUACCUGAUCCGUGAGAGCGAAACCACUAAAGGUGCCUUCUCUUUGUCUAUCCGGGACUGGGACGAUGUGAAGGGGGACCACGUGAAACAUUAUAAAAUCCGUAAACUGGACAGUGGAGGAUAUUACAUCACCACAAGAGCUCAGUUUGAGACCCUUCAACAGCUGGUCCAGCAUUACACGGAGCGGGCAGCAGGGCUUUGCUGUCGCUUGGUCGUCCCUUGCCACAAAGGGAUGCCAAGGCUCACUGACCUAUCUGUCAAAACCAAAGAUGUGUGGGAGAUUCCACGGGAGUCACUACAACUCAUAAAACGCUUGGGCAACGGCCAGUUCGGGGAGGUUUGGAUGGAGAGUGCAGAUGGUUUGUGCUUUAAUUUAACGAGUAUAUGCGUGGACUACACCCCUGAUACGGUGGGACUUAGCCAUGAUUCCUGGGAAAUCGCCCGUGAGUCUCUGACGCUGGACAUGAAGCUGGGGGCCGGGUGUUUUGCUGAUGUUUGGUAUGGCACAUGGAAUGGCAACACUAAAGUGGCUGUGAAGACCCUCAAGCCUGGAACCAUGUCUCCAGAGUCUUUCCUGGAGGAAGCGCAGAUCAUGAAGAAAUUACGACAUGAUAAACUAGUGCAACUCUAUGCUGUCGUUUCUGAGGAGCCCAUCUACAUUGUCACUGAGUAUAUGGGCAAAGGAAGCCUUCUAGAUUUCCUGAAGGAUGGGGAGGGACGGGCCCUGAAGCUGCCCAACCUCGUCGACAUGGCAGCCCAGGUGGCUGGAGGCAUGGCUUACAUCGAGCGGAUGAACUACAUUCACAGAGAUUUGCGCUCUGCUAACAUUCUGGUUGGCGAUAACCUUGUGUGCAAGAUCGCUGACUUUGGCCUGGCCAGACUUAUUGAAGACAAUGAGUACACUGCCCGACAAGGGGCUAAAUUCCCUAUUAAGUGGACUGCUCCUGAGGCAGCUCUGUAUGGGAAGUUCACCAUUAAAUCUGAUGUUUGGUCUUUUGGAAUCCUGCUUACGGAGCUGGUCACUAAAGGCAGAGUUCCAUAUCCAGGGAUGAACAACAGGGAGGUACUAGAACAAGUAGAGCGUGGCUACCGGAUGCCGUGUCCCCAGGACUGUCCAAGCUCUCUACACGAGCUGAUGGUUCAGUGCUGGAAGAAAGACGCAGAAGAGCGGCCCACUUUUGAGUACCUGCAGGCCUUCCUAGAAGAUUACUUCACGGCGACCGAACCUCAAUAUCAGCCCGGAGACAACCUCUAAACCCAGCCUCCUGGAGUCACCCUGGUCUCCUUCUCCCCGGGCCAUCUCAAGUGCCCUCUACUCCCUCCUGACUUGAGGCAUGUACAGCUUCAUGAGUUCACCCAAGCUCCUGUUACUCCCCUAUGGCCUUGGUCAACUGAAGACUGAACAAUUUGCACAGACUUUCAACUUGAGGGGUGUGUACAUGAGCGAGCUGGGGAGGUAAACAGAGGGAAUUGUGGGUAAAGUUGGGAGGCUGAGGACAUGGAAAUGCUUUUGUUCAGGGUUGUGGCCAUAACCAUUAUAAUAAAAUAAAAUGAUGCCUGUAUUCAUUGUAAAUACGAGAUGCUUGUUUAUGAUUUAUUUUUUUGGUUUGUUUUCAUUCAUAUUUUGUUUCAUCCCUGCUCAUCUUUUGUUUUGCUUUGCAAAGUAGCAAUUAUGGUUGCAUUGAGGAACCCGUUCUUCGUGAAGGAUAAAGCAGACAUUUAUGAAGGGUUUGGGUGCGUGCCAAUUCAUAAAACAAAUCUCUAUGUCUGCUUGUUAUAUUAGAGAUUUGAGAAUGUAUGUGUUUUAUUCGUCCUCUCCUCUGCUGAUGAGAUCAUGUUCCAGAUGGAAAAAUAAAGACCCAGAGUGUCUUUCUUACUCUAGUGGUUUUAAAAUAUCUCAAACUUCAAGGGAAAUUCAUUCCUUACAUUUUCUUUAAUUUAUUUUUUUUACAAUGCUUAUUAAGAUACUAAAUUGAUUUAACAUUUUGUUAAUCUCUGAGAAUUGUGUCCUCUCCAAAGUACUAGAUGUUAAUCUAAUGUAACAAAAAUUAUUUUACACACAAUGUACAUUGCAGUUUUGUAUUUUCAGCCAAAUGUUAAAGACAUAAAGCAUAUCUCCAUGGAGAAAAUGCAUCUUGUUAAGUUUCCUUGCUACCAGGUAUUUUUGGGUAUUCGAGUAUGGAUGUUUUUUCCAUGGUGGAAAAAAAAUGGUUAUUCAGGUAUAAAAGGUCCUGUUACCCCAUACUUAGGCUGUGUCCAAAGCCUGAAAAAUGAUGCAUUCACAUACAGUAUUCAGAUUUAGGAAGUCACCAGGGCAUGUUUGAAUUCAAUAUUUGUGCAACGUUCUCUCUACUAGAAGUGAAAUCAUACUUUACACAUAUGUAUGGUUAUACUGAAGCUACAAAAGCUUGAUUCCAUGCAUUGCUGCAAAAGAGAAUCUCGAGGAGCAAGUUAAAGUUAGCUAAACUUGCUUAUAGCACUGUCAGAAAACAUGCAAAAAAUUGUACCUUUAGAGGUACAACAGCUUGUCACUGGGGCAGGACACUCAAAGGGACAAUUUUGUACCAUAUCUAAAAAGUUAUUUUAGAAACCUUAAGUAAUAAUAUGAACCCUUAAGAUACUACUAGGUACAAGUCUGUGGUUUUCCCAUGGAAUUUGGCUACUUUUAAGUUAUUCCCGAUGGUUGAUUUUAUUUUAUUUUUUUAAUUCCGCAGGUUGAUUGACCCAGCCAGAGUGUACAAUUUCGGGCAUUUCCACCAUUGUCUUGUCAGUCAUCUCUCCUUACUCUCAUCAAGUGAUAAGUGAAAUCUGACUCCUGCUGAACUCUGCAGCUCAUGCUGUAUGGAGCAGAGCACACGCUUUCAGUUAAUUGUUCAGUAUAAUGUUCAGUCAGUUGUCCGUUGUCCAACUGAACUAAAUAGUUUUUAUUUCUAUAAAAAAGCAAAACAACAGUGGUAACACUGGUAAAACUGACUACCGCAGCAAGCCUAGGCACUACUAUGAACUGCUUAAUUGUAACUUUCAAUUAGUUACAAAGUUGUCCCUUUAGGAUACUGUCCGAAAUGGGCAUUGACAUCAUUAAAUAUUUGAUUGGUCAUGUCCAAAACCCUUUUGAAUUUGUUCUUGAUAAUUAGACAUGACAUUAUGGUGCCUUGGAAGCCGUCACGCAGAAAUGUUGUUAGGUCAUUGACUGACUGGUCAGCGAGUAAGCACAGCAGCUGUCUUCAGUUUCGGACACAGCCUCAUUCAAAUUAAAUCAGGUUCUAUUUGCCUUCAGUGGUUACCACAACAACUGGUCCCUAUUUUCACAGACCUUAGUUUUCACGUGCCAUUUAUUCUGUUCUCCAUGGAGGAUACUUUUAAGAAUUUUUUAUUUAACCUAACACAAAUCUAUGUGGAACUGUUUGGAUUUGGAUCAAUGGAACAUUCCAAAGUACCAUUUUUUCUUUUCUUUUUGGUUUGUACAGUGCUCAUCAGAACGUCUUUAAAAUCCCUUACCAACACUGCAUUUGGUUUAACAGUAUUGUAAGUGUUAGUAAUCACCUCAAAAUUAUCUUUGCCAUUCCCAUUUUUUAACAUAGCAUUUUGUUAACUCAUUUCCCAUUUGGAAAUAAAAAGUACAGUAUUUUACACUUUAUAA